AUGUCCAAGAAAUUGACCGACGAAGAGCUGCUCGCCCAGUUCGAGGACAUUCCCUCGGCUGAUAGUACCGCUCCUUCGUCAGCCAAACCUUCUUCUGGAACUGUCGACGAUGACGACCCGCUAGCAGAGCUCAGCGCCCUGGCAGCUGCCCGCCCUGUUUCCCGCCCAGAGACCCCUCGUCUAUCCACCGCCUCUACAGCCUCAGGGACCAAGUCCAAACCUGAACACACUCCUCAGAGCUCCGGCCCACCCAGCGGACGCACCAGCGAAGAUCGAUCCAAGACACGCAAGAGUACCGAGAGCGCUCGCAGCUACCACCAAAGUCAAACGCCUAAUGAUCAGCCUGAACAGCGACAAGAGGCCCAGCAAGAACAAAAAGCACAAAGCACUGGUGGCGGUUGGGGCUUUGGUGGAUGGGGAGCCAGCGUCUUCAGUGCCGCCAGUGCUGCUGUGAAGCAAGCAGAAGCUGCCGUCAAGGAGGUGCGCGGCAAUCCUGAAGUCCUCAAGUAUGCUGAACAGCUGCGUCACAACGUCAAUGUCGAGAGCUUGAAGGCAUAUGGAGGCAACGUGCGUAACAUGGCUCUGCCCACCUUUACCUCUCUACUUGAGACGAUCGCUCCUCCCAUCGCACAGCACGAGCGCUUGAUCAUUCACACCACACACGAUCUCCAAGCAUACCCAUCUCUUGACCCAAUCAUCUACGAGGUCUUCUCGCGCGUCAUGCAACAAGUCGAAGGCGGCGACUUGCUUGUCAUUCAGCGAGGCUCAGAGUCUCGCCAACGCGGCCGUAGCUCCUCCGAACUGGCCUACCGCGGAAACAUUCUUGGAACAGGAAGCGGUGCAUGGACCGAUGGCCCUUGGUGGCGCGAACAAGCCUCACAACGCAGCUUAGGUGCAGUCAAAGGUCUGACUGAAGGCACCAAGCUCUGUCGCGCCAACGCUGAAGCCUACGCAACCGACUUCUUCUCCUCUCGCGGCGGCAUUGAAGAAGUUGCAAAACAAGCUACGCAGACCCUCUCAGAAUCCAACCCCGUCCGCAGCUCCGACAUCUUCCUCGCCAUCCAACCCGUCACACAAGCUGCUGCCAAAGAACUCUUUGCAGCAGGCCCCAAGCCCGAUGAGCCUAAGAGCGACGUCGUCGAGCCUGACGCAGACGAGGAGACCACUCUUUUCGCUAUCUACCUUCACGAUCCCAUUCACUCUCUAUCCUUCUCUUCCCUAUCACAAUCCUUCCCGGCACAAUGGGCCCAAUGGCUCGACGCCUCGUCACCCAAUCCUGAAGACCCCGAUACUCUUCCCGACAGCAUUCGCGAGAUUGUCGAAUCUGGCGGCAUCGACCCUCGUGAAUGGGUCUCAGAAUGGAUCCAGGACACCUUGAAUCUCGCCAUCGGUGUUGUGGCUCAAAGAUAUGUGGCAAAGAGAAUGGGAGUUGGUGAGGGCGGUAUCGGCAAAGGCAAGGCCAGACAAAGAGCGGAAGAAACAGACGCUGCUGGGGAGGCUGCUAGAGCCAUCUAG